AUGGGGACAACAUGUCUUCACCCAGGAAGGUUAGAGGAAAGUCUGGUUUUUGAAAAGAAAGUUAAUUCAGAAAAAGUAAAACCCUCUCAACAGAAUUUUCCACAAAAAGAUUAUGAGUAUCUUUUACAAGAAGCUACAGGAAGUGACAGUGAUGACAACACAUGGCUUGAUGACUUCUUUGAAACAGAAAGAGACGACACUGAGGUCACAGAGCCAGCAGGGCCAUCAAAGCUGCCCUCCCCAGUGCUUCCUGGUGAGAAAAAAAUUGUUUCUGAAGCGGAACUAGCUCAGUUGAGUCAGAUUCGACCAUUAAUAUUCAAUUUUAAUGAGCAGUCGUCCAUCUCAGAUUGUUUGAAAAUGCUUAAGAAAAAAGUAGCAGAUUUUGAUUUUGCCCAGGAGUUUAGGAAUUUAGAAAACAUACAUCUGCCUGGUGAGUUCACCUCUGGGAUUGAACCACAUAACAGAGAAAAAAACAGAUACCGAGAUAUUCUUCCAUAUGAUUCAACACGUGUUUCUCUUGGAAAAAGCAAGGACUACAUCAAUGCUAGUUACAUCAGAAUAGUCAAUUUUGAAGAAGAGUAUUUUUAUAUUGCUACCCAAGGACCACUGCAGAGCACCACAGAUGACUUUUGGCAAAUGGUUUUGGAAAAUAAUUGUAAUGUUAUUGCCAUGAUAACCAGAGAGAUAGAAGAUGGAACUGUCAAAUGUCACCAUUAUUGGCCGUACUCGCUAAAGCAACCUUUGGAGUUGAAAAAUGUCCGUAUCUUUAUGGAGAACCUCCAGAUACUGAAAUACUUCAUCAUUCGAAUGCUGCAGGUCGUGAAGAAGUCUACGGGAGCUACUCACUUCGUAAAACACUUGCAGUUCACCAGCUGGCCAGACCAUGGCACUCCUGCCUCAGCAGAUUAUUUCAUAAAAUAUGUCCGUUAUGUGAGGAAGAGCCACGUGACGGGCCCCGUGGUGGUUCACUGCAGUGCUGGUGUGGGCCGAACAGGGGUGUUCAUAUGUGCAGAUGUCGUGUUCUGUGCCAUCGAAAAGAACUAUUCAUUCAACAUCUUGAAUAUAGUGACUCAAAUGAGAGAACAACGUUAUGGCAUGAUUCAAACAAAGGAGCAGUACCAGUUUUGCUAUGCAAUUGUGAUUGAAGUGCUUCAGAAACUUCAGACUUUGGAAUAA